AUGGUCGGUGGGAGAACGAAAUCGAACCGCGGUCGAAAGAAGCCACCGCAGGCCCCUGCUCCACCGUCGGGUAGAACCCUCCGAAGCAAUUCGCGGAUUGUAGAACAAGUACAACAAGUAGAAGAAGUACAAGAAGCCGUGUCCAUCAGCACCGACUAUGAUGUAGGUGCGGACGGUGUGGCAGAAGAUGCGGGAGUCCUUCUUCGCGAGAAAUUGCCUCGGAGACUCUUCCCUGUUCAUUGCUAUCCUAGUGGAAUCAACAGGCUCAACAUCUACGCAAAGGCACAUGUGAUUGGGGAGGUUGUAGCCGCGUUAACAUGCAAGGAAGAAUUGGAGCAACUUAAGGAAACCCAGUUUGGUGGUCUGCUAAAUCUUCAUGUUGGACGUUGUCAAAAUUCUGCGAAAUUGAUUCACGGGCUUCUCGGCCGCCAGCUCGUGACCAAAAAGAAGCAUGAAUUGUGGACCGUUUUCGGAGGCAAUCCUAUCCGAUUCUCGUUGGUGGAGUUUAAGCGCGUUACUGGUCUUAAAUGCGGGAAGUUUCCAAGAUCCGAAGAUGAUGAAGAAGGAACAGGGCAGCCUCAAACCAAACCGGGGGAGAUGUCAAAGAUGUGGACAGACCUGUUCAACAGGAAAGAUUCCAGCGUAACAGUCGAUGAUGCGAUAGCAAUGUUAAAGGCACCGGAUGUGGCGGAGUGGAAACGGUUGCCAUUAGCACUCAUAAUCUUAGUGGAUGGUGUCCUCCUAUGUCGGGACAAAGCUCUAUAUAUCACACCGGCAUAUGUCGAUAUUCUCUGCGAUAUUGAGUAUUUUCUAGACUAUCCGUGGGGUAGAGAAUCGUACGUGAUGACAAUUUCGAGAUUCAUACCGCUACCUCAUGAGUUCUUAGACGGAGAUGAAGAUCCGUUGGAUGAGAUGCGUGCCCGUCUGAGGCAGCAAACAAGUGCAUGUUUCGGUUUUCCUUUAGCUCUGCAACUGUUUGCAUUCGAAGCGAUUCCGAUGCUCGUUCGUCAAAUUCCUCAACCGGAGAAAACGGACACAUUUCUAACGGAUCCAUCCGCCUGCGAGAAGACGCAAACAAUUCUUUAUCUUAACUCCAUAGUCGAAGUGGAAGAAGACCCCGAGGUAUGUUUAUACUAUCCUAAUAAUAGUCUCAUAAUUUCAUUUAAAGAGUAUGUUAGAAACGAAGCAAAAAAAGAAUUGGAGUGGGAUGACGAGGUUGUGGACGAGCAAGUGGAAAUGUUGAUCAAAUUGAAGAGGGAAGGUCACAAAUUUUCUCAUUCUGAUUUCCAAGGAUGCGAGGCAUCUGGGAAUGUGGAGGAACCCAGAGCAGGGGAUGAUGAGAGAGCAGAAGCUACGGAGCAAGGGAAAGGACCGAGGAAACAAGGACCGGCGGCAAGAAAAAGAUCAAAAAAAGCUCAAAGAAAGGGCGUAGGUCGGAAGAAGGACAAUAGCAAGGCCAGAAACCUGAGAAAGUAG